AUGCCUCAUUUAGCUUAUCUUAUCUCGAGCGGGAGGAAGAGGAAGAGGGGCGAGCCUGAGCUGGAGUACGGGGCCUCGUCCGGGGUGAAUGAGAGGUCCGACGAGAGCAGCGACACGGUGGAGCCCGGCAGGGUCAGCAGGGCGGUGAGGCUGGAGGAGACGGACAAGUUCUACCAGGUUGUUACUUGUCAAGAAGCUCUUCCUCAGCGGGAUAGCCCCCGGGUGGGCGGCGGCGUGGCGAUCACGGCGGUGCACAAGGUCGUGCAGGGUCCCCGGUCCAGGGCGUUCCAAAUGCAGGGCCAACUCCUAGCCGCUGCGCGCGGCGCUGACGGGAGCAAUGCCAAGUUCGCGUGGUAUGGCGCUCCGUUGGCGGACGUGGCCGCGGCGGUGGAGCACGGGUUCGGCAGGACGAACAGCCGGGUCCUUGGCCAUCGCGCGCACGGCGACGACGUCCACGUCUCGCUGCUUCAGUCUCCUUAUGCCAGCGCAAUGCUAGCAAAUGCAGAUGAGAACGGCGAGGCGCAUAUCGUGCUGUGCCGUGUUCUGAUGGGCUGGCCAGAGGCCAUCCCAGCCAGGUCCUCUAAGCUCCACCCCAACAGUGACAAUUACGACAGUGCCGCCGACAACAUGCAGAACCCACAGUGGUAUGUUGUUUGGGGCAAGGACAUGAACAUGAGGAUCCUCCCAGAGUAUGUCGUCAGCUUCAAGUGUCCCAGCCUCCAUCAGAUGCAAGGAUCAUCCGGAGCGACCUCCAUGCUAAAGAAGCCUUCGCCGGUGGCUCGUGACAUGUUUCCGACGCUUCUAGCAGAGAUCCAGCGGUUCGUGCCAUCUUCCAAGCUGCAGAUAUUGCAGGGGACCUACAAUCGCUUCAAGAUUGGUAUGGUGUCAGGUUUACUUGCCUACAAGUUUGGUUCCACUUGGUACUCUGCUGUCAGCAUAUCUGUAGUAUCAGGAUAUUGUUACCUCCGUUUCAAAAUAUAGUGCGCCUGCGCUUUCCGAGGUUCAACUUUGAUCAUAAAUUUAACCAAUGAGACCGAUUGUGGCAGGAGCAAAAAUUAUACUAUAAUUGAACUAAUCUUCCAACAGAAAAAGAACGCUAAGAGGGCUUUUUAACGUGCAAACUUCAGGCUCUGGAAAAAAUGUUAAACUAUGGUGCAUAAGGUCACAUGGAUAAGGUUUUGCGAGUUGCCACGCCCAUUGCAACGCACGGGCAUUUGUACUAAACUAAAGUUGAAUUUGAUGUUUGUUUGUGUCCUUUACGGACUGGUACUGAACUACUACGAUGUAAAAUCUGGAUACACAAAUACAAGGCGCAAGCAUUAGAUUGUGCAGAUGUGGCCGGGAUCUCAAACACAAUCGUUCGCUGGUUUGUACAUGUAGACGAUGCAAUUCUUUAUUGGUUCCAAGUUUAGGUGGAACGUUCGCGUGUAGUGGACAUCGUGGAAAAUAAGUGAUAACAGGGAUGAGACGCUAAGGGUGAUAAUUUAUUUCU